GCAGCCAACUCGGGGCCUCACGCUGCAAAAGGCAGCGCCAUUUUGGGGACUUUUUUACACGAUGUUGUGUGAGAUUUCGCGGAAAAGAUUGAGUUUUGCCUGAGGUGGCUGUAAAGAGGCUCCGGGACAAAUAUGUGGCCCAAACUGUUGGACCUCUCUAGAGAUGAGUGCAAGCGAAUUCUACGUCGACUAGAAUUGGAGGCCUAUGCCUCCCUCAUCAGUGCCUUCAGGGCACAGGGAGACCUCAGCAAGGACAAGAAAAAACUCCUGGAUGAGAUUGCCAAGGUGUUGAGCAUCUCCACAGAGAGACACAGAGCUGAGGUGCGAAGGGCUGUCAAUGAUGAGUCCCUCAGUACAGUAGCAGAUGUACUCUCUGGUCCCAACUCCACCUAUGAGUGGUCAGUGGAGGGGCGGAGACUGGUGCCACUCAUGCCACGUCUCGUGCCGCAGACUGCCUUCACAGGACUGGCCAACACAGCAGCCAACAUUGCUGCUGCACACAACUCUACACUGCCUGAUCCUGCUGAUACUGCCAAGAAAGAAGUGCCAGGCACCAGUGGUGUCAGUUCAGGGACCAUGAAGUCACCACGAUCAGCCAGCCCCCCCUCUGGAGUAGUGGUGCUGCCCAGCGGUGCCACCAUUACAGUGAAAGGAGAAAGAGAAGAUGAGAUGGAGAUGGAGACCAAAGGCAGAAGAAGAAAGAGGACCAGUUCUUCCUCCACUCCUCACCCCGCUUCUGGGGCUUCUUCAAGAACUGUGGAAGCUCGACCCUUACUCCUGCCAACUUCUUCUAACAUCAGGGUGUCCCAGGGAACUGCGUCGUCACAUUCCAUGAGCCCUGUGAAGAUCACCCUGGCCAAAACACCACCACCAAAAAGUUCCAUGGCUCCCACAGCUACACAGAAGAUAAUUAUCGUCAGUAGCCAAUCGUCUGGGCCGUCUUUUAUGCCCAAUAUCCUGCGCAGCAGCCAUCCCGCGUCCACCUCCACCACACUAGCGCGUAUUCUCCCCGGGAACGUCAGCAGCUCAGCCUCCAGCCCCAUGGCCAGGAUCCCCUCCAUCCUGCUGCCGCACACCCCCACAUCCAGCAGUGGUUCGGCCUCAGGGUCCCUGCUGGCCGGGGUGGGAAGCCCCACAUCAUCAUCAGCUGGUGCAACAGCCUCUGUUGUUGGAACCUCCACCACAGCCUUUCUGUCCAGUACUCUGGCCGGAACUAAGCCGCGGGUCAAGACGGUGACCAAGCAGGCAACACAGACGCGUGUGGUGACCACCCAGUUGCCCAUGUCGCAGAUCCCAGGCGGUCAGCCCCCCAGAACCAUGUCACCAGGCAGUAAACCAACCAUACAGAUCAAACAGGAACCAGGCACAGGAGUGAAGAUCAUCACCCAGACCCUCCCAGGGAGUAAGAUUCUCCCCAAGCCUGUUACCGCGGCAACCAGUUCUGGCCCCCAGGUCGUCAUGGUGACCACCACAUCGUCCAUGGCAACUAGACCUGUCGGCGCAGGCACCACUACAGUAUAUGCCCAGAAUAACGGAAACAGAGCCAUUGUGAACCCAGCUAUCGGCACACGGGUAGUGACCAUGCCCACAUCAACACCCUCUGCAGGAAAGGCCACCCCUCCCCCUACCAACAUCAUAACUGUUACCCCAAAAACUGUGCAGACCAUGCCGCUUACAGUAACAAGAACACUGCCUUCAGGUGCUACGCCCUACACCAUCGCGAAAGCUGGUCCUUCGUCGGCCGGUAAGCCCAGCGUGAUCGUUGUACAGCAGGCAAAAACGAUCAAAACACAACACGGCAAACCCAUCACUGUGGUAACCACCUAUAUCACGCAGUCUACCCCCAGGCCCACCUUUGUGUCCACCAUAGCUGGUCAGAGUCUGGGGAAGGGCAUGACACUGACCAAGGCACAGCCUCAGCAGAUCAAGACUAGGGUUGUGAUCCGGCCAAGGACACCUGAUCAAGGCUCUCUGUCCUUGAGCCAGCAGCAAAGCAUUCUGGGAGGGAUUGUUGAGGGGAUCGUGAUCCAGAGACCGUCGUCCUCCUCCCCGCGAGCGCCGCGGGACUCCCCCGGGACCGGGGACGAUACCAGCUCCGUCAGCUCAGCUGGCAGCGAAGAUGUCGUCAAAGUCCAAAGAGCUGGCCAGUCUCCAGGUGCCAGCCAAUCAGCACCCAGCUCUCGUGUGACCAAUCAGUGGGUGGAGAUGGACGCCGCCCUGGACAUCGGGUCCUCUCAGUCCCAGGGCACCGUGCAGAUGAGCACCUCUCAGUCCCAGAGUGUGCAGGGGGAGAGUUUCAGCUCGGCCGCCUCCACCAUCAAGGCUUUGCUGGAGAUCCAGAGUGGCUCUAAGGUUAGCCACACCGAGUUGUCUCAUGCCCGUAGUUUGCCCGCACAGGACAAGCCGCGUCAAUCCACUAUUGACCUGAGUCAGAUGGCUGUUCCAAUCUCACUGCAGCAGCAAGGGCCCCAGACUGUGGCUGCCUCACUGCAGGGCGAGAUGGCACCUGAAUUUUUUGCCACAGAAGUGGUGCAGCAAGAUCAGACCCCUGCUGCUGAGGCUGUCCCCAGAACUGCACAGCCCCCCUCUGGAAGACAAGGCAUCCGCAUCUCCACAGCCCAACACCUGCUGGCUGAGGCCCACAGGAAGAUGCAGCAGGGGCAGGUGCUCGGGAGGGAGGAGGCUAGCCUUUUGGAAGAGUCCUACGAAGGCUUCACCCUUGACCCACAAACAGGGCUGUUCUAUAAGGAUGAAGAGUCUAUCGGUGGUAUUGAGAGCAAAAUGCUGCACGAUAUAAAGGUCCAGACCACCACUGCCUCAGGUGAACCCCGGACCUACACUCUGACUGAGUGGUUCACCGGACUGUCCGGGGAUCGACCAACAGCCAACCAGCAAGGCCAGCCUUCCUCCUCUGAUGCCACGCCGCCCUCGGAGCCAAAAGUCGUGGCCGUGCCCACGGAGAAAAUCCUGGAGUCAGCUCUGUCUGCGAGCUUUACCUCUACAGAACUGGAGUAUCUCAGAUCAGGGGGGAGAGGACUGGAUAGCUCGGCUGAAACCGGCAGCUUCGCAAGCGUCAGGAUGCCAUCUUCGAUCGAGCCCCUCGCCACGCAGAGUUUGUCGGGGUUGCAAGAGGUCAGUAGUACUCAGGACAGCGCCCAGUCGCAGAGCAUUCUCCCUUUGGAGUCCUCAACACCCGUGCAGGAACCUGGGAAGGGGAUUGCUGAAAGCCCAGGGACAGAGAGCACACUUGAAACGAAUGCCGGGAGCGAGAGAAAAAUGGAGUCGCGAGACCGCGGCAACAUAUUUGAGAACAUAGUCGCGAGCGUUCAGGCGGAUUCAAACACACUCCAGCAGAGAAGCGCUGUGUCUGUUAGCAAACCGGAGUUUACCACGCUUCGGGAUUACGUGCAAAGUACGAUGGGGAAAAAAGUUUCAGUGGAGCCAGUUUUGCCAACACAACAAGCGCCUAUGGAUGCCCCCGACCAUUUCUCUCAGGACAACCUUCAGGACCUCUUGGAGCUGUUGGGACAGGCAACGAGCACCUUAGCCAGCUUUGACCAGCCGUCCUCGUCCAAGACCACAGUGAUGGUGGAGCCGAGUGGGUUUGACCCCAGCAGCCUGAAGAUGGAAGACUUCACCAGUCAGAGGGUGGAGGCAGAGAGCUUUACUAAGGACGACCCUGAGGACAGGGACAAGGGCAGUCCUGACAGCACCAUCCUCACUCCUACUAGUGUCUCCCCUUCCCAGGAGCGGAUGGUGUCCCCGGCGCGCAUGCACCACCCGUCCGGCAGCAGCUCUGGGAACGAGAGCCUGGACACGCCCAUGCGCGCCAGCAAGAGGAAACGCAAGGCCCCGCCCCCUCUGGACGAGGACCCGCCCCCUGCCUCACUUCCAAGCUGGGCAAGAGCUGCCCUGGGGCUGCUCCACCGAGUGUCCAAGUUUCGAGGGUCAGGAAGACUGAAGGGAGAGAUGGGGGCAGCAGAGUGGUUUAUUCACCCAGUUGACCCUGCGGUGGCCCCUGACUACUACAACAUCAUCAAACAACCCAUGGACUUCAGCACCAUCAAGAAGAAACUAGAGGGGGGUCAGUACAGCAGUUUGGAAGAGUUCCAUGCAGACAUGCAGCUGAUCAAGUCCAACUGUUUCCAGUACAACCCCCCGGGACACGAGGCACGGCGCGACUGUGAGGAGGUCUUCAACUUCUACCUGCACGAGUAUGGCAAACUCAUGGACAAGUGCAAGACUGUGGUGGUUGUUCCCAAGUCUCCAAAGAAGUUCAAGUUGGAUGUAUCCAAGAGUCCAAGCAAGAGUCUAUAACACUCAUCUUUAACUCUGGGGGGCUUUAGAUUUAGAAUCACCAGAAAUUUUCGAUCUCCAAUAAACUUGCAAUAGAGAAAUAUGAAAGAAACAAAAGUGAAGCUGAUUUCAGUUGAUCUACUACUUCACUGCUGGUGGCAGAGAAGACAAACACUAUGUACAG